AUGUCUCCAAUCGCGUUUGACAUUUCUGUAAAUGAUACACCUUCCUUUCAAGUUGGUGACCAUAUUGGUGGUUCAGCUAAAGAGGUUGAAAUGGCUCGAGAUUCACGCCUCGUAUCGAAAAACGAUGCUUCCCAAGAUAUUGAAGCGAACGAAGAAUGUGUCACGAUUGGUAGUGAUACGGAAGAAUCAAAUGAAUAUAGUUUGGAAGAAAGGAUAUUAAUUGAAAAUGAAGAUUAUGAAAUGGUCUUAAGAGCCUACAACGUCCUAAAAUAUCAAUUGCAAAAGGCAAGAGAAGAUAUAAAUAAAUUGAAAAUUCUAAAAGAAAAAGCUCUAAGAGACCCUAUACAAUUCGCUCGAGAUUUGCGUGAUAGGAAAAAUGAACCAAUUCCCAGGUGUCAAUAUAUUGUGGGUAUUCCAAGAAUUGAUUGGAGUAGAUAUCAUACUAAUCCAUUGGAGUACAAAGCGCGAUUGGAUAAAGAAGCUGCAGAAAAUCUGAAGAAUAACCCGCUGGAAUCGCGAUCUAAUCGAGAUGAAUCACCAGAUCUUACGGAAAUGGUUCAUAAAAAGGCUCAAGAAUUGGGAUUUAAAGUUCCACCGAAUGCCAUAUUGUCUACGCGUUCUAAAAAGCGAAACGACCGAGAUAGUGAUGACGAAUAUAAUUACAUGUAUUCAUCAAAAAUAUUAAAUUGGAAAGCAAGAGAAUCAUGUAAAAAAUCAUCGUUGUCAGGAUCUUCGGGACGCGCAAACUCAUCCAAAGUGACAAAUGGUUCAUCAAGUGUAGGGAAUCCCACUGGAGAGACGAAUUGUAAUUUAAAGAUGAAAUCUAAUGAACCUAAAACAAUCGAUGGUUCACCGAAAAAUUCUACCAAUAAUUUAUCAUGGACAAAUGAAGAACAGUCUUCAGCAUCAUCACCAAAAAAUACAAUAUCCAAAAAUAAAAGAACUAAUAAAGUAGCCAAAAAUAAAAUUCCACCAGAAAAAAGAAUCCGUCGCCCAAGGGUUUCCGGAAUUGCAUAUAUGGAAGCACAACCUCCACCUACAUUAUAUAUGCCUGACGAUGACGAUGAAUCCAGUAUUAAAAAUGUGAUGAUGAUGUCUUUUGAUAAAGAUGACCAAAUGCAAGAUGUUGAAAUGACACCGUCAUGUGAAAAUGAUGGACCAAUCCAUCACGGUUAUUGCUGUGAUAGUUGUCAUAAGGAUCCAAUAAUUGGUACCCGAUUUCUUUGCAUGGAUUGUGACGAGAGCCGUGAAGUUGAUCUUUGCGAAAAAUGUAUGGUUGAAGGAAAUUUCGAAAAUGACAAUCACAAAAAGAUCCAUCGAUUUUCGGUGAUCACGAGCCCCGUUUCACAACAUUUUGAUGUAGAUUAUGUGCCAGAGCGGGUUGGAGAAUAUAAUUAUUUAGGACCUGCUCCAUAA